AUGCUUCUCUCUCUCUUUCUUUCUCGCUUUUUUUCUUCUUUUCUUUCUCUCUUUCUUUCUGCCUUUAUUUCUCGCUUUCUUUCUUUCUCGCUUUAUUUCAUUCUUUCUUUCUCUCUAUCACUCUUUCUUUCUGUUUUCCUUUAUUUAUCUAUUUCUUUGCCGCUUUCUUUCUUUCUCUUUCUGUCUUUGUUUGUUUUUUUCUUGCUCUCUUUCUAUCUUCCUUUAUUUCUCGCUUUAUUUCUUUCACCCUUUCUUUCUCUCUUUCUAUCUUCCUUUAUUUCUCGUUUUAUUUCCUUCACCCUUUCUUUCUCUCUUUCUAUCUUCCUUUAUUUCUCAUUUUAUUUCCUUCACCCUUUCUUUCUCUCUUUCUAUCUUCCUUUAUUUCACGCUUUAUUUCUUUCACCCUUUCUUUCUCUCUUUCUAUCUUUAUUUUUUUUCUCUCUUUGUUUAUUUCUUUCUUUCUUUCUUUCUAUCUUCCUUUUCUCGUUUUAUUUCCUUCACUCUUUCUUUCUCUCUUUCUAUCUUCCUUUAUUUCACGCUUUAUUUCUUUCACCCUUUCUUUCUCUCUUUCUAUCUUUAUUUUUUUUUCUCAUUUCUUUCUUUCUUUCUUUCUUGUCGUAUUUCUUUUAUUUAGUACUUUUUGUGUUCCGGUUUUUUAUUAAUCUUGCUAUUUUAUGUUCUUCUUCAUCUCAUCCGCACUCUCUCUCUCUCUCUCUCUCCCUCUCUCACUCUCUCUCUCUCUCUCUCCCCUUCCCCCCGCCCGAUUUCCCUUUAAUCUUCCUUUUCGAUUUCGUCCUCCAUCAAUCAUUUCUUAAUUAUCUCCCUUCACUUCUGUUUUUCUUUCGUCAUAUCUCAUUUUAA